AUGGCACCAAGAAGGUUUGACACUAAGGCAAGUGCUGAGGUUAGACGCCAAGAGAAAGAAGCUCGGCGAAGGGCUGAGUUAGCGACACUCAUAUCUCAACAAAUCAAUGCUGCCAUGCCGAACAUUGCCACUCAAAUUGCUGAGAACGUGACUGCUACCAUCAACAUGGCAAGAAGGCAAGAAGGUGGAGGAAACGCCAAUGACCGAAAUGCUUACAAGACUUUUACGUCUUGUAACCCCAAAGAGUUCUAUGGGACGGAGGGUCCCGUUGGGUUACUUACUUGGUUUCAAAGCAUGGAGGCAGUCCUAAACAUCAUCGAUUGUGCGCCAGCCGACCGCGUCAAGUUUGCGGCAAGUAAGCUCCAAGGGAGGGCACUCACAUGGUGGAACCUCCAAGUCACCACGAGGGGUGCCGCCACGAUGAAUGCUUUGACCUGGGAGCAGCUCAAGGAGGAAAUGAAAAGGGAGUAUUGCCCUAGACCUGUCGUCCAAAAGUUGGAAAUUGAGUUUUGGAACCAUGCCAUGAAAGGAAUGGAGUUGGAGGCGUAUGCGAUUCGCUUUCAUGAGCUGUGUGUGCUAGUGCCGGACAUGGUGAACGCCGAAACCAAGAAAGUUGAGAGGUUUAUUUAUGGAUUGGUACAAGAAGUGAGGUUGAUGGUCACGGCGGCAAACCCAGCCACACUUGAGGAAGCUAUGAGUUUGUCGACAAAGUUGGUUAAUGACUUGGUUAGGACCGGGAAGUACUCGCGAGGUGAAGCGAGCUCGAAACAAGGAGGAGGAAGUCGGUUUGGUGAUCGCAAAGGGAAUGCGCCGGAUAAGAGGCAAAAGGUAGCAAGAAACUAUGGUGUUGUUGAUGCCAAGCCCAACCCAAAUGAUGGUAUGCCGCCAAGAUGUAACCGUUGUGGCAACCAUCACCGAGGAGAAUGUAAGCAGUGCCCGAAUUGCCACCAAUUUGGACACCUUGCUGCCACUUGCCGAAGUGGAGCAAGGGGAUGUCACGAAUGUGGAAGUAUUGAUCAUUGGAGAAACGCUUGUCCUAGAUUGGGGCGAGCUCAAGGAGGACGAGGAAAUGCAAACAACAACCGUGGCAACUUUAGGAAUGUUGGCAAUCGUGGGAAUCAAGCAAAUCGGGGCAACAACGGAAAUCGAGUGAAUCAAGGAAAUGGUGGGAAUAGAGGACAUGUUGGGAAUGAAGCUAAUGUGGGAAAUCAAGAUAACAACAAUCAAGGAAACCGUGGAAAUCAAGGAGGGCAAGCAAGAGGAAGGGUGUACGCAAUGGGCGUGAAUGAGGCACGGGAUGACCCUAAUGUCAUCGAUAUGAUUGAUAAGAAAUCUAGCGAGCUUGAUGAAACUUACCUUAUUGAAUAUGCAAAUGGAGAUGAAUAUGAAACUAGGGAAAUUGUUUCUGAUUGUAAGAUGACACUAGAUGAAAAAGAUUAUAGUAUAGACUUGAUUCCCAUAGAAAUAGGAAGCUUUGAUGUGAUAGUAGGAAUGGAUUGGUUGUCUAAAAUGCGUGCUGAGAUACUUUGCCAUGAAAAGAUAAUUAGAAUUCCAUUAGAAAAUGGUGAGGUGCUUAUAGUUCAAGGCCAUAAGACGGGAGUUCAGCCCAAAUUAGUGUCGUCCAUAAAGGUGAGGAAGUAUUUACGUACGGAAUAUCACACGUACUUAGCACAAGUAGUGGAUAAGCGAGUGAAAGACAAGGAUCCUCAAAAGGUGAAAGUGGUUAGAGAUUUUCUCGACGUGUUUCCGGACGAGCUACCUGGACUCCCCCCUACGAGACAAGUAGAGUUCACGAUUGAUUUAGUUCCCGGGGCAGCCCCCGUAGCUAAAGCACCGUAUAGGUUAGCGCCCUCCGAAAUGCGAGAACUCUCUGAGCAAUUGCAAGAGUUGCUUGAUAAAGGUUUGAUCCAACCUAGUUCUUCGCCAUGGGGUGCGCCAAUUCUAUUUGUCAAAAAGAAAGAUGGAUCUUUGAUGAUGUGUAUCGAUUAUAGAGAAUUGAAUAAGUUAACGAUCAAUAAUAGAUAUCCACUGCCGCAAAUAGACGAUUUGUUCGAUCAAUUGCAAGGAGCGUCGUAUUUCUCGAAGAUAGAUCUUAGGUCCGGCUACCAUCAGUUGAGGGUACGAGGUGAAGAUGACAAAUUCGUCAUAGUAUUCAUUGAUGAUAUUUUGAUAUAUUCUCGUAGUAAGGAUGAAGAUGAGAAGCAUUUAAGAAUAAUAUUGCAAUUACUUAGAGACGAGAAGUUGUAUGCUAAGUUUUCUAAGUGUGAAUUUUGGCUCCGUCAAGUUCAAUUCCUUGGACAUCUUGUGGACGAAGAAGGAAUUCAUGUCGAUCCGUCUAAGAUAGAAGCGAUUAAGAAGUGGGAGGCACCAAAGACGCCAACGGAAGUGCGUAGCUUCCUAGGAUUGGCAGGUUAUUAUCGAAGAUUCAUUCAAGGAUUCUCUAAAAUUGCGGUACCUCUGACCCAAUUGACCCGAAAGUCAAGAGAAUUCAUGUGGGGUGAAUAA